GUUGCUCCAAUUGGAAAAAACGUAAGAAAUUAUGGAUGCCAAAUAACGGUUCCUCUGAAUCAAAGUAAACAGAAGCAAUAACAGCAGUUUCUAGUUUGUUUCUUGCACGGCCUGGAAAUUACAAGUCAAAGGACGAUAAGGUGGGUUUUCUGUUGUUCCCUUUUUGCAUACGUCUCUCUCUCUCUCUCCUCCUUUUCUUUGUAAAAAAGUCAAAUGCUUUUUAUGCCACCAUUUCUCUCACCCUCCUCAAUUUGAUUUUACUUACCCAUCAUGGCACAUCAGGCAUCCAUCUCAGCCGUCCAAUACUUCACCCACAACAAAAUCCAACCGUCCAUACUCUGAACACCCAAUCCAAAUUACAAAGACACCCACCAACUGCAGGAAGACUCUGUUUCAACGUGCCUCAUCCUCAAUCUGACAUGAACCCAACUAGCCUCCUCCCAUUGGGCAACAUCUCCCACGCGCCACCUUGGUGCGUUGAUCUUGACUAUGAACAUAUUGGUCCCAGCAACUCUGAUACUCUGAGGUAAUUAAUUUUGUCCAAAAGAGAGGAGCCAAUUAACAUCAGCAUCCACCACCACAACCAUAGAUGGAUGGAGAGAUAGAUACACAUAUAGGUACAAAACACACCUAAACAUUCCAGACAGCAACAUCACCGCCACUUCCACAGCUGCCGGUGCCACGUCAUCAUCGCCGACAUGGGUGCUGCAGAGCCUGUGGUGGAGAGAGAAAGUGAAGAAGUUGAGGUGAGAGAGGAAAAUGGGGAGAAGAAGGAAGAGGGGGAAGAGAGAGAUGUUGAGAAAGGUGAGGAGGUGGGUUUUGAAUAUGAAGAACAGGCGGUGGCUGCAGAGAGCAACACCAAUGAUGACCAUAAUCAGAGAGAUGUUCAUAUGUCAAUGAUGCAUAGGCUAAAUCCUACAAACCCUUUGAGAAUCGUCAUCAAUAGUAACACCAGAGCUGCAACUCCACCUCCUCCUUCUCGGUUCUCUCAUGGAAGUAAUAAUAUCAGAGUUGGUGCUACUCCAUCUCCUCCUCACUUCUCUCAUACUCCCCCGCAUUCUCAGCCUCGUUCUACACCAAACCCACAACCAUCUAUUACAACACUGAAUUCAAGAAAAUACACCAACAAGAUAUCUCUGUUCCUGUUCCUUCUACACAUGGUUGCAGCUAUUGGGCUUGUUGGUUUUCUUGUAUUCAAGGGAGUUCAGGGGCUGAUAGAAGCAUCUGACAACAGAGUUAAGAGAGCAGAGAAAAGAGUUUUAAAGUUUUUUCUACCACAAGUUGAAGCUGCAUCUCUUUUAAGCAUUACCCUUGCAUUUGCAUGGCAAAAGGCAGUGAGGGUGUGGCCUAAAUUUUUUGUUCAUUUCAUAUUAUGGACCACUUUUCUCAUGUCUCUGUCUGCUGGAAUUCUACUAAUUUGCUUCCAAAAGCCUGCCAGUGAUGGCGUUGGGGUCUGUUUUAUUGCUUUUGCAAUAGGCAAUGGCUUAUACGCUUGUUGGAUCACGCAGCGGAUUGGAUUUUGUAGCAAGAUAUUGAUCAAAUCGCUCGAACCAGUAUCAAAGUUCCCUGAUUUGAAUCAACCUACUUAUUGGAUGCUUGGGGUUGGAUUUUUGUGGAUGUCCCUAUGGAAUCUAGCAGUAAUUGGAGCUCUGAAUUUCUAUUUUACCCCACUGAUGAUAGUUUUGCUGGGAUUGAGCUUGGCUUGGACAGCCGAAGUAAUGAGGAAUGUGGCAAAUAUAACCGUGAGUAGGGUUAUUUCUCUGUAUUAUCUCAGAGGAAUGCAAUCUAACACUAAAUUUUGCUUUCAAAGAGCCUUGAGUAAAAGUCUUGGAAGUGCAUGCUUUGGAUCUCUCUUUGUGCCUGCAAUUGAAGCCCUGAGAAUUGUUGCUCGAGCCUUAAAUUUACUUGAGGGAGAAGAUGAGUUCAUGUUUUCUUGUGCACAUUGCUGUCUCAGGGUCAUGGAGUCCAUCUUCAGAUAUGGCAAUGGCUGGGCCUUUGUACAGAUAGCAGCAUAUGGGAAGGGUUUUGUGAAGGCAUCACAAGACACUUGGGAGCUCUUUGAAAGGCAAGAAAUGGAACAAAUUGUUGAUUCGGAUAUUACCAGCUCAAUCUGCUUCUUAACCGGCGUCUGCAGUGGCUCAAUGUGUGUCAUAGUUGUGGCUGCUUGGACCGCCAAGGUGCACCAAAGUUUCACAGCCACCAUUUCCCUCCUUGCAUUCUUCAUUGGAUACCUUAUGACCAGGAUAGCCAUGGCACUACCACAUGCUUGUGUAGGUAGUUACCUUGUUUGCUAUGCAGAGAACCCAGACAACAGAUUAUUUGACAGCACAAUUAAGGAUCGUCUGGCUUUGAUGAAAUCUGGUCGAGAUGUAGCCAUCCUCACACCUCGAGUACCCCGCAGGUUUGCAGCAAGGUAAAACAUAGUGACACUGCCAUUAACUCCUCGCACUGCAGCACCACCAUUUGCGCUCUCACAUAGAAGUGUGAAGGAGUGCAGGAGGUGUUUUGGCACUCCCAAACAUAGUUCCGGCCCUGAUUUACCCUAAUUGUACGAUAUUAUG